AUGAGAGGGCAAGACAUAGGGGUACGGUACAGCAAGGAGUCUUUGCUCAGGGAGAAGUUUUUGCAGCUCCCACUUUCCGUUGCCGCUCGUUUGCUGGAUGACUCGCCCUACUUGUUAGACUUGACAAGGCACAAAUUUCGCGUCUUUUUUUGGACGGACCUCGUUGCUCUGAACUUGUUCAACGUGGCCCUCGGUUCCUGUUUGGAGUCUCAUGAAUUCUGGAGAGACUUUCUAAGCCGCAGGUACGUCCAGAAUUUGGGGGCCAACAAGGGUUACCUGAUUUUCAGUGUUUCCACUGAACGUAACGUGUUUAUCACGCUGAGGAUUUCUGUGGUUCUGUCGCUUCAGCACCACUGCGGCAUCAGCUUCUUCGCUUGCGCGGCCACUUUUGGGAGGAUGCUGGACAAGCCAUUUCCCCUCAUGCCUUCCCACAUUAGGGAAUCAUGGGAUGCGGAGGAGGCCACUGUGGAGCUCAUAGGCGUUGCUCUAAGAUAUGAAGCUUGGGACGUUGGCCACUUGUUGGCUCAACGCUGUAUCCUGCAGUACCCGGAAGCCCAUGCAGCAUCUGUGCCGGCCCGUCUUUUGCUUCUUUUGGCAGCAACCCAUGGCUCGGAGAAGCCCCCUCCUAGCUCCCAGCUUGCAGCUACUGCCUACCGGAUCCAGCGUUUACUGGAAUACCACUGGGGAGGCCAUCAUCCAGCAACUCUGGAUGUGACCGUUGCACAGGCCUGGUGA